AUGGCUGCUGCUGCGGCUGCCGGUGUGUCGGAACCGCCAAUGGUGGAGCAAGUGAUCACUGAAUUCUUCGCCAAGAGCCUCCACAUCAUCCUGGAGUCGCGCUCACCGUACGAUUCGUCGCGGAACUUCACACGACGGCCCUCCCCGCCGUCGUCGCCGCUGGCUGGCAGCCAGCCACGUGACCGGUGGUUCAACCUUGCUCUCCGGGACUGCCCUGCCGCACUUGAGAAUUUUGACCUGUGGAGACAGAGCAACCUUGAGCCUCUGGUCAUUGACAUUGUCCUCCUGCAACGUGACAAUACCAGAACCGCCAGUGUCGGGGCCAGCAGGAUCAUUGAGAGGUGGGUAAUAAAGUAUGAAACUACCAGGUCUCGCAAUGUUAUCAAGAAUGGUGGCAAGAAAGCUAGAAGCAGCUCUUCUCAGGAUCAUAGCUUGUACAGGAGGGCAUACAGUGGCUCGACAGUGUUAUUCCGGUCACUAUAUCUGGUUGUCAGGCUCUUGCCAGCAUACCAUCUCUUCCAGGGGCUCAAUUCAUCUGGAAGGAUCUUGCUGGAGUUGGCUGCAGUACCAGAGCAAUCCACACCGAUGCCACCUGAGCUUAUAAAGGAUUAUGUUGGAAGCCCCACAACAGAUUUUCUUAGGAAGCUCGAUUCCCUACCUUCAGAUGGCAUUGCACCUGCAUGUUUUCCAGUGACCAGGCGGCACAGUUGUAGCACCGAGCAUGGAGUUAGACCAUCGGCAUCGCCAUUUCCUAUGAGUUCAGAACCCCAUGGACACCUACAGCCACGCAUGCCUACCGAUAAUUCUCUGACAGCAUACUCAAAUCCACAUAACACAUCAUCAUCUGGGAAGAAGAGAAAUACAGUAAAUGAAGAGUGUUAUCCAUCACCACCUCUGUCGCCGUCACCAUCCCAUUCGCCUUCUAGCUACCCAAGAAAUCCUUUCUUCCGAUAUGAGAGUGCUCCUUUAAGUAUUCCCACAGUGAUGGCUGGUGGAGGUGGUAGCAGGCUGCCUCCUUCUCCACGUAGGAAGGAUAAGCAACAAUGCUCAUCUCAAAAUGAGAAUCUGACACAUUCUCCCAAUGAUAAAUCAAUACUAUCAAAGGAUUUGGUCAAGCUUAGUGAGUUUCAGAAUGAGAAGUCUUUGCAAAAGGUUUUAUCUUUUGGUAAUGAUGAUUUGAUGUAUUUUCGUGGACUAAAGUUGACUCGUACCUCCAGUAAACUUUUCAUCAUGGAUGAACUGGAUGAACGGGAGUUAGUUUUUGCAUGGGAAGAUAAAGACACCAUCAUUGAUCAGCUUAGAAGGAUUGACAUAUCUGACAGGGAGGACCAAGGACCGUCUCAGGAAGUAGGAGGCUCAUUAACCAGGUCUCCAGAUGCAGCAAUUGGUAUUCUUAUGCGCAUCCUACAGAAUGCCCCUGGCCUCAGGGAAAGGCUACUACUGCCAGGCCCUAGUUCUCCAGUUCCUCAAGAACCUUCUUCACUCCAGAGGGUAGUGACCGAGGAACAUGGCAGCAGGGCAUCAAGCUCUGCAGGGGUGCCUUCCGCUCUUCUGAGGUCAAGGACAGCGGCGGACGCGCUGGAGGAGCUGAACAAGUACAAGGAGAUUAAAGAAUCGAUACUGAACCGCAGCAAAGGGCAUCCCUGCAGCACCAAGCUGCUGGAGGAGAAACCCGCGGAUGGAGAUCCAUAG